AUGGUCACCGUAGUCCGUCAUGCUACCGGUGGUGCGGUCCGGUCCGGAUGGCACAUUCUCCAAGCAGAUGCUGUUCUUGCAUUCUUAAAUGGUAAAUUGCGUGACACGGUAUACAUGCAUCAACCCACAGGAUUCGAAGAAGGAGAACCCGGUACAUUGGUUUGCAAAGUCCUACAAUCACUAUACGGCUUAUCACCUUCUGCUCGCAUCUGGUAUGACACCUUGACGCAGCGUCUUAAAGAGACUGGAUUUCGCGUCUCCACGUACGACCCAGGUUUAUACAUUCACCGUUCUACUCCACAUUUGUAUCUCACCACCCAUGUCGAUGACUUCAAGAUUGUUGCGGAGAGCCGCGAGAUUGCCCAAUCCGUACUUGAUGAGCUCAAAACCAAGUUCGAGAUAAAAGACUUAGGCUCCAUCAAGCAUUAUCUUGGCACUGAUGUGUGUGUGAACGACAAUGGUAUAUUUCUUUCACAACGUCAAUAUGUUGACGAUCUUCUCUCUUCUUUUGGGAUGACCGAUCGGCACCAUCAUUGA